AUGGAUCACGCCCCGCCGCCGUCCGCCAGCUCAACGCCGCCUGCGGGCUCACCCUCGGCAGCGAUCGAGCCGACGCUGCGGCUGGACGACCUGCUCGAAGAAUGCCUCGAGCGACUUGCCGGGGUCGCGCCGGUUGAAGACGCGCGGGUGCUGCGCGACUUCCUGCCGCCGUCGGCGCCGAAUCACGCACCCUUCUUGCUGGCGGAGUUGGUGAAACUCGACAUGGCCGCCGCGGCCGAGAUGGGGCGCGACCCGUGCCUCGAUUGGUACCUGGCGGCGAUGCCCGACAUGCUCGUCGCCGAGCGGUUGCCCUUCGACCUUGUGAUCGAGGAGUACCAGCUCCGGCGCGAAAAUGGCCACGAUCCGCGGCAAGUCGAGUACGCCCAGCGGUUCCCGCAGCACGCCCACCUGCUCGAGAAGUUCUCCUGCAACGCGGUGACGGUCGCGCCCGCGGGGGGGAAGCCGACCGCGCCCGACGAGUUGAUGGCGGGCGAUGUGAUCGACGACUUCACGGUCGUGCAAGAGUUGGGCCGCGGCGCCUUCGCGCGGGUUUACCUGGCGAGGCAGAUGUCGAUGCAACGGUUGGUGGCGCUCAAGGUCUCGGCCGGCAAAGGGGACGAGCCCCAGGCGCUAGCGCAGUUCGACCACCCAAACAUCGUGCGGGUCUACGACCAGCGCGCGAUGGACGACGGAUCGACCCACCUGCUCUACAUGCAGUAUCUGCCCGGAGGGACGCUUUCCGACGUGGUAAAGCGAGUUCAAUGGGCGGGGUCCAUGGCGUGCAGUGGCGCGGUGAUGCUCGACGCGAUCGACGACAACCUGCUCGACGCCGCGCAGCAGCCGCCUGAAUCGUCGGCUUUGCGGACUUGGAUCGCCGAGGCGGCUUGGCCGGUGGCGGUGGCGUGGAUCGGCGUACAGAUCGCCCGGGCGCUCGACGAAGCGCACCGCCAAGGCGUUUUCCACCGCGACGUGAAGCCGGCGAACGUGCUGCUCUCCGCCGAAGGCAUUCCGAAACUCGCCGACUUCAACGUCAGCUUCGCGGGCGCCGCGGGCCGCGCGGGAGCGGCGGCGACGCUCGGCGGCUCGAUCGGCUACAUGGCGCCCGAACACCUCGCGGCGAUCGGCG